GAUGGGGAGAAGGGGAUAGCUAACAUAGAAACUAGUGCACAACAUGCAAGACACUCCAACACAGAGAGAUGAAACAACUUAAAUUGGCAAACAGCUAAAUGAAGUGAUCAGGUGCAGCUGUGAACUCCUCCAGCAGGAAGUGGGCGGGGCAGCACAAGGAGCCAGAGCAGACCUGCACAAAAACAGGCGAGAACAGAGAACAAAACAAGCAGGACGAGUCAUGGACAUCUAUUGUAGAGGUCUAAGGUUUUAUUUUGGUCUUUUUUAAGCAUCAUUAGGGCUUUAUUUUAGCUUUAGUAGCUCUGUUUUUGACAUUAUUUCUUUGUACCUGGAAUUGAAAGGGUUUUUUUUUCUUUAUUUGGUUUAUUAGGCUUUGAUUUAUUUAUUUUACACUUUUCUAGUCUAGGGCUGGUAGUUGGCUGCUUUGUUCCACUAAAACAGGUACUUUUGUGUCCUGAAAGCUGGCCUGGAUGUAGCAUAAAGUGGGAUCAUCUCCAGGCUCCUCAACUUCGUGCCGGCUAUAAAACAUAUGAAAUGGAUAUUUUAGGAUACUGUAUUGUACAUUUUUUGAAAACAUUAACAGAAAUAUAAAUCCUAAUUUUUAGAUGACAUUUGCAUAAUAUUUGCAUAAAAUAUUGUGUUGUUUAGAGAUUUUCUCUGACUUUUUUUAAAUUUGUCAUAUAUUUUUGUUUCGAUGCUGUAAACAAUUUUAUAAGUCAAUAUAAAAAAAAGAAUGUUGUGAGAUAUGUUUUCACACUACAGAACAAUCAUAGUGGAGCUUUGAUUCUUUGUUUUAUUAAAUCUGAUAUUAGUGUCAGAUUCAUGUUAGAAUAAUGAUGGGAGUGCGCCUUUUUACGCGCAGGAGUGAUGGGACUAUUUAACCUCGCCACCCUUAACCACACCCACAGCUUGGUUGACAGGGGGUGGAGGAAGGAUGCCAGCUGUGCUGCGCUUUGGAGAGCGGAGGAGACGGCGUGGAGAGGGUGUGGGUGGACGCAGGCAGAGGAGUUGGGAUGGCAUCACUUCAGGAUGGACAGAAACGCGGCUCUCCGGUAUGAACAGCAGUCAUGAGUCAGGACAAUGAGAGCGUCCGCGCCAACAUGUCCCAGGCGGAGCUGGACCUCUUCAGCAACCUGGAGGACAUCGACGUGACCGCGGACGGGAGCCCGGCUCUCCGGUUCCUCAUCUGCAUCGUUUACUCCGUGGUGUGCGCCGCGGGGCUGGUGGGGAAUCUGUUGGUGCUCUUCUUCAUCAGGGUGAAACAGGACAGGAGGAAGUCCAGGGUGAACUUCUUCGUGCUCAACUUGGCCGUGACGGACCUGCAGUUCGUGCUCACGCUGCCCUUCUGGGCCGUGGACACCGCCAUGGACUUCAGCUGGCCGUUUGGAGACGCCAUGUGCAAAAUCAUCCUGUCGGUCACGGUGAUGAACAUGUACGCCAGCGUCUUCUUCCUCACUGCCAUGAGCGUCACGCGCUACUGGUCGGUGGCGUCGGCUCUGAAGAACAGAACAGCGCACAAGUCCUGCUCCACCAAGUGGAUCUGCGCGCUCAUCUGGACGCUGGCGACCCUUGCGACCGCGCCGACCUCGAUUUUCUCCGCAGUGACCAACGUGACCGGAGAGAAGCUGUGCCUGCUGCGCUUCCCCGGCGGACAGUACUGGCUGGCGCUUUACCACAUCCAGAAGAUAACCGUGGGCUUCGUGCUGCCCAUGGUCAUCGUGUCCGUCAGCUACUUCAUGCUGCUGCGCUUCAUCCACAAGCGCAGCAUGAAAAGCAGCAACCCCAAACGCAGAUCCCAGGUCACCAAGUCCGUCACAAUCGUCGUCUUGUCCUUCUUCGUGUGCUGGAUGCCCAACCACGCCAUCACCUUCUGGAGUGUGCUGGUCAAGCUGAACGCCGCCAACUGGGACAAAAGUUACUACAUCGUCCACACCUACGUGUUCCCGGUGACCGUGUGCCUGGCGCACACCAACAGCUGCCUGAACCCCAUCAUCUACUGCCUCAUGAGGAAGGAGUUCAGGGACAAACUUCGGGGGAUGAUUUACAGAGGAUGAUAUAACGGAGCGACUGUCAGGGCUGUGCGUAAUGCGCGGGCAAACCGGUGCCAGGACGCGCCGGACGCGCAGAUGCGCACAGCUGAAAGGCACUGAAAUCCUGCAGAAAAUGUGAUGUGGUCACCUAAAUCACUGCGCUUUCACGGUUUCUCUGCUCCAAUAUCAAACAAAUAGAUCUUCUUCUUAAUAAAACACUCAAUUUCUCAUACCCGGAUUCCACAGACCGCGCAAUUGCGCAUCACAAUCACCCUCUGCUUUUAAUGAUGAGAUGUGAGCAGGUGCUUUCUGCAGGGAGACGUCCAACCACCACAGAAAAGUCCUGGAUUUAUGGAAAUACUGAGUGAAGC